CUUUGUCUCACGUCAUGUUGUCUUUGAUGAAAUGCAGUUCCCUUUCAAAAAUCCAUGCGAACUAUAUGAUACAAGUAAAAUUGGAGGAGAGCUGUCCACAUACAAUGAAUGGAUCGAGACUCAACUGGAGCAAGAGACAGUAAAUCACUCAAACCUUCACAUCUCUGAUCCAUCCUUAAUUUCUUUGCCACAGGAAAGCUCUACCCCGAUUGAACAACUGGAAAUGAACUGCGGCUCGCAAGAUGACAAUAGGCUUAAUGAAUCACCAACCACAGAGACCAUGGAAUCAACAAUAACCCAGCCGCCCGAGUUGACUCAAUCUCAUGAUACAAAUCAAAAUGGUGCUCAAAAUUCAAGCCUCCCUUCAAAUAAUUCUGAUGAUCAAUUCACGAGUUCCAACAGACCAGAAGCUGAAUUGUCUCGCACUCAUAACAUGGUUACUCGAGCUCAACGGGGAAUCACUAAGCCGAACCCUCGAUAUGCCUACCUUCACAAAGAAAUUCCAAGAGAACCAAAAACCGUGAUAUCAGCGUUGAAGAAUGAUGGGUGGAAAGUUGCCAUGCAUGAAGAACUACAUGCUUUAAAAAUAAAUGAUACAUGGGAUCUUGUCCCAAGGGAGGCUCACAUGAAUGUAGUAGGCUGUAAAUGGGUUUUUAAAACCAAGUUAAAACCUGAUGGGAACUUGGAUUGCCUGAAAGCUCGAUUGGUUGCCAAGGGAUUUCACCAAAUUGAAGGGUUUGACUUCUUAGAAACUUUCUCUCUUGUUGUCAAACCAGCAAGCAUACACAUUGUCAUCACUACGUCAUGCAUGAAAGGUUGGACAAUUCGACAACUUAAUGUUAAGAAUGCAUUCCUCCAUGGGUAUCUUUCUAAACCAGUAUAUAUGAAGCAACCUCCUGGCUUCAUUGACUCUAUGCAUCCUUCUCAUGUGUGCCGCCUGAAGAAAGCUUUAUGUGGACUUAAGCAAGCUCCAAGAGCCUGGUUUGAUCGUUUAAACAAUUUUUUCUUAAAUUUUGGUUUCUUUUGUAGCAUCACUGACCCUUCACUUUUUAUUUGCCACUCAUCACAAGGUACACUCUUACUUUUAAUUUAUGUUGAUGAUAUGCUUUUAACUGGAGAUAAUUCUAAUCUUGUGCAGUGGUUUCUUAAAGAACUUGGUCGUGAAUUUGCUAUCAAGGACCUUGGAUCUAUCCAUUAUUUUCUUGGAAUAGAAGCCCACAUGACCAAAAAUGGGUUAUUUCUUUGUCAAGCAAAAUAUGCAAAAGAUCUCCUCCACCGAGCCCAAAUGGAUGGGUGUAAGCUUAUAUCAACACCAAUGGCAACCAAGGAUCGAGCCAUAACCGAUGAUAAGUUGUUCCAUGAUCCCACUUUCUAUAGAAGUGUAGUAGGUGGCUUACAAUACUUAACUUUGACUCAUCCUGAUAACUCAUAUGCUGUUAACUUUGCAUGUCAAUUUAUGCAUGAACCAACCAUGGGGCAUUUUCGAAUAGUUAAACGCAUUUUACGUUACAUAAAUGGAUAUUGCACCUUCCUUGGAGGAAAUUGCAUUUCUUGGUGUGCAAAGAAACAACCAACUGUUUCUCUUUCAAGUGCAGAAGCUGAAUAUAAAUCGAUGGCAUCUACAAUAGCUAAGAUAACUUGGCUUACUUAUCUACUCCGAGAUAUUGGUAUAGACAUCCCCAAUCCACCAAUCCUCCACUGUGAUAAUAUAACUGCCUUGCACAUGACCAUCAAUCCUGUGUUUCAUGGGCGCACAAAGCAUGUCGAGAUGGACUACCAUUUUGUUCGGGAAAAAGUAGCCUUUGGAAAUCUUGUAACUCGUUAUGUGUCGUCAUCGUCUCAACUGGCAGAUAUCUUCACCAAGCGUUUACCAAGAACCUCGUUCAAUGAGUUACGAACCAAACUUGGCCUAUCCCUUCUACCUCGACCAAGUUUAAGGGGGAGUGUAAAAGCAUUUGAUAAAUAUCAAAGAUCAUCAGGUUUAAAUGCUAUCCGUGAUUCAAGGCAAUAUGAUUCAAGCAAGGCAUCAAGUUUAAAUGUUGUCCAUGAUUCAAGCAAGGCAUUUGAUUAUCAAAAUCACAGCAAAUCAGAAUUAAUUAACUCCAGCAAGAAUCCAGCAAUUAAUCUCCAAGAUAAUAGGAAGAUGCAAUCAACCAUUAAGGCUUCAAAUCAGUGAUUUUAACCAACGGCUAUUUCUGCAAUUAGUGUAAUUAAGAUUCAAAUUUCAU